AAAAAGCGCAGGAAUUAUUAAAGUAGGCGCGCUCUCACCUAAUUGUUGUUCACUAAGAUCAGGAUAUUCAUCGGACCAAGAAAACGCACGACAAUAAAUACUCCAUAUAACGUGUAGUCCUCCUCCUCUUCCUUCUUCACUUCCACCUUCUCACUCUUUCAAAAUCUUCCACGUCAUUUCGAAUUAAAUCAAAACCCUAAAACUAACUGGAUCGAUCCGAUUAGCUGAAAGCUUGGAUCAGUAUAUCGCUAUGGCGACGGCGAAUCCAUUUCAGAAGAUACUGACGGCGCUUGAGAAGCCAGAUGGUGGUGAAUUCGGAAAAUACUACAGCUUACCAGCUCUCAAUGAUCCUAGAAUUGACAAGCUGCCAUUCUCUAUCAAGAUCCUUCUUGAAUCAGCAAUCCGUAACUGUGACGAGUUUCAGGUUAAGAGCAAGGAUGUUGAGAAAAUUAUUGAUUGGGAGAACACAUCUCCCAAGCAGGUUGAGAUCCCAUUCAAACCUGCUAGAGUUCUUCUUCAGGAUUUUACUGGGGUGCCUGCUGUUGUUGAUCUGGCUUGCAUGAGAGAUGCCAUGAACAAUCUAAAGGGAGAUUCUAACAAGAUUAACCCGUUGGUCCCAGUAGAUCUUGUCAUUGAUCACUCAGUUCAGGUAGAUGUGGCAAGAUCAGUAAACGCAGUGCAGGCAAAUAUGGAACUCGAGUUCCAGAGAAACAAAGAACGGUUUGGUUUUCUGAAAUGGGGAUCAAAUGCAUUCCAUAACAUGCUUGUGGUUCCUCCUGGAUCAGGGAUUGUUCACCAGGUUAAUUUGGAAUACCUUGGUCGAGUCGUGUUCAACACAGAUGGCUUGCUUUAUCCUGAUAGUGUGGUUGGGACCGAUUCUCACACAACAAUGAUUGAUGGAUUAGGUGUUGCUGGCUGGGGAGUGGGUGGGAUCGAAGCAGAAGCCACAAUGCUUGGCCAGCCCAUGAGCAUGGUCCUGCCUGGUGUGGUUGGGUUUAAAUUACUAGGAAAACUGAGAGAUGGUGUGACAGCUACUGACUUGGUCCUGACAGUUACUCAAAUGCUGAGGAAGCAUGGAGUUGUCGGCAAGUUUGUGGAGUUCUAUGGAGAAGGCAUGAGUGAAUUGUCACUAGCAGACCGUGCCACAAUUGCCAACAUGUCUCCCGAGUAUGGUGCAACUAUGGGCUUCUUUCCUGUGGAUCGUGUCACGUUGCAAUAUCUGAAACUAACAGGCAGAAGUGAUGACAAGGUUGCUCUGAUAGAAUCCUAUUUACGGGCUAAUAGGAUGUUUGUCGACUACAAUGAGCCCCAGGUUGAGAGAGUGUACUCCUCUUAUCUGGAGCUAAAUCUUAAUGAAGUGGAACCAUGCAUAUCAGGUCCAAAGAGGCCACAUGAUCGUGUUACUUUGAAAGAAAUGAAAGUGGAUUGGCAUGCAUGCCUUGACAAUAGAGUUGGAUUUAAGGGUUUUGCUGUGCCGAAGGAAUCUCAAAAUAAAGUUGUAGAGUUCACAUUUCACGGAACCCCAGCGCAGCUAAGGCAUGGGGAUGUAGUUAUAGCAGCUAUCACCAGUUGCACAAACACCUCAAAUCCUAGUGUAAUGCUUGGAGCUGCUUUGGUUGCAAAGAAAGCUUGUGAAUUAGGAUUGGAGGUCAAGCCAUGGAUUAAGACGAGUCUUGCUCCGGGUUCUGGGGUUGUAACCAAAUACUUACAAAAGAGUGGGUUGCAGCAGUAUUUGAAUCAGUUAGGGUUUCAUAUUGUUGGGUAUGGAUGCACCACAUGCAUUGGGAAUUCAGGAGAUAUUGAUGACGCUGUGGCAUCAGCUAUUACAGAAAAUGAUAUUGUAGCUGCGGCUGUGUUGUCUGGAAAUAGGAAUUUUGAGGGUCGUGUGCAUCCGUUAACAAGGGCCAAUUAUCUUGCAUCUCCUCCCCUUGUUGUUGCCUAUGCUCUUGCUGGAACGGUAGAUAUUGAUUUCGAAACAGAACCAAUUGGGUUGGGAAAAGAUGGUAAGAAGAUAUUUUUCAGGGACAUUUGGCCAUCUAAUGAAGAAGUAGCAGAGGUUGUGCAAUCAAAUGUGCUUCCUCAUAUGUUCAUGGCUACAUACGAAGCAAUCACCAAAGGAAAUCCAAUGUGGAAUCAGUUAUCUGUACCAGAUGGCACUCUUUAUGCCUGGGACCCAAAAUCAACUUAUAUACAUGAGCCACCUUAUUUCAAAGAUAUGACCAUGUCUCCUCCGGGCGCUCAUGGAGUGAAGAAUGCUUACUGCUUGCUCAACUUUGGAGAUAGUAUCACAACUGACCACAUCUCACCUGCUGGUAGCAUCCACAAAGACAGUCCAGCAGCCAAAUACCUUCUGGAACGUGGUGUUGAUAGAAGGGACUUCAACUCUUAUGGAAGUCGCCGUGGUAAUGAUGAGAUUAUGGCAAGAGGCACCUUUGCAAAUAUUCGGCUAGUCAAUAAAUUUUUGAAAGGAGAAGUUGGUCCCAAAACAAUCCAUAUUCCCACUGGAGAGAAACUGUCCGUGUUUGAUGCUGCCAUGAGGUACAAAAGUGAAGGGCAUGCUACGAUUAUUUUGGCUGGUGCUGAAUACGGGAGUGGAAGUUCUCGUGAUUGGGCUGCUAAGGGUCCAAUGCUACUGGGUGUGAAGGCGGUCAUAGCAAAGAGCUUUGAGCGCAUUCACCGCAGUAAUCUUGUGGGCAUGGGCAUCAUUCCACUAUGUUUUAAGACUGGGGAAGACGCAGACACCCUUGGGUUAACCGGUGAGGAACGUUACACCAUCGAUCUUCCAAGCAGUGUUGGCGAAAUUAAACCCGGACAGGAUGUUACAGUGGUGACAGAUAAUGGCAAAUCCUUCGUAUGUACACUACGAUUCGAUACAGAGGUCGAGCUGGCAUAUUUUGAUCAUGGAGGCAUUUUGCAAUAUGUCAUCAGGAAUCUGAUCAAAAGCUAGAUCAACCAGAAAAGGCUAUUUGGCAUGCAGGUGUAGUUCAACAUUGUACCAAUUUUUCCUCAAGUUCUAAUAAUCUACAUGGUUCGGCAACAAAACGUUGUUUCAAUCCCAGAGCUGACCCCAACUACAUUAUAAAUAAUGGAAUAUUGGUGGGAGUAUUCUAUUCUUGUAUCAGAAUGUUCAGGCGUUUUAGUGUUUGUAUUAUUCGUGAUGAAUUUUUUUUUAUACUGUCGUGUCAUUGAUGGUUUUAUAAAUUUUCCAUUUUUAACUUUUUAACUUUUGGGUUAUAAGGUGUGGAGGGCAAUCAAUGCGACCUUGUUUUCAGCUUGCUAGAGCAAGUUAUA